AUGGCACACGGUGGGAGCGCUGAGAGAAGGGACCGAGACGUGGCGGGACUGCCCGGAUCUGUCUCUUCAGGCACCUUGCUGCAGCUGGCGCAGCUUCUGCAGGUGCCCGUGGAGACCACCGAUACGCGGCACCGCACGGCGCUGCACUACGCGGCGGAGGGCGGGGAUGCGGUGAACGUGCAGUGGCUGAUUUCUCAAGGAGCCGCCGGUGCGCGGAGGGCCAGGAAGGGGGGCUUGGAGAAACUGAUUGAAGAGCCUUUUGCACUUUGCGAGGACAUUUGGGACGAGUCUCUUUGCGAAGACAUUUGGGACAUCUUAGACUCAUGUGGUUUGUUGUUAUUUUCUCCUAUUUUUGAUUUUGUACAGAAGGACAUGCCGGAGAAGGCGUACGACAAGGCCUUCUCACGUCAGAUCUCCGAGCCGGUGACGUUCCUCGGGCGGAGACCGUUCUUCAACUGGGAGGCCGACCGCAUCGACGGCAUCGGUUCGAAAGCCAUCCAAGCGCAGGAGUUUCUCGGUUCUGAAGAUGUGAAGGUGCAGGACCGCCCAGCCGGCUUCCCGCGGCUUCUAGCGGGUGGCGCUCCGGGCAGGUCACUCUCCGUCUCCUCUUUCAAAACUCCCGUGGUGAGGUCCGUAGAUUACACUCAUUGCACUUCUAUUGUGGAUAUCCUGCCAGAGUUCUGGGUCCGCGGCCUCGUUUGGAGAAAAGCGUUGCCCGGCCCUGGCGAGCUUCCCGUUGAGCUGCGUUACGUGCGCGUGAUGCGCAGCGACAAAUGCCGCUGCAGUUGGCCUUGGCACAAGGUCUCCAUUUUCCACGCCGCCAACGGCUAUGCCUUAGAGGCCGCUUGUGGCUUCGGGAAUGUCACUUUGGUGAGGAGCAUGGUCUUGGAGCAAGGCUAUGAUCCGCAUUUGAAGGACGUGCCUCGGAGAAGCGCGGACGUCCGGGAGCACCGGAAAAAAAAACGUGAGGACCUGGACCAGAGGGAGAAGAACGGCCGGAGUCCCAUCUUCGAAGCACUGGAGAAGGGCCAGAUCGCGGUGGCCGAGUUUCUGGCCUCGUCUUUGGGCGAUGUUGGUGGGAGGGCGGGGGGUAAAGGCAGGCAGAACGUCUCGCUGAUCGCCUUGGACGCCCUGGGCGUCAGCGUCUUGGGCGCCGCCGUGCAGGCGCAGCGCUGGAACUCGGUGGAGUUUUUGGUCCAGAGGAUUCCAGUGAUGCAGAGGAUGGCCAACGACUCCACAGCCCUUCAUUUCGCGGCACAAGGGAGCAGCCAGGAGCAGCUCACGGCGAGUUCACUGGGUUUUUGGUGCUGGGGUGACCUGAACUCCAACCUGGGCGAGAUCAUUGGCACCUUGGUCAGGUCCGGCGUCUUGGUGGAUGCCGUGGACUAUCAGAACCGCACAGCCUUGUUCUACUCCCAUGGUGCUGAAGCUGUGGAGGUCGUUUGCUUCGGUGAUCAUUUGGAGGUUGCAGAGGCGCUGCUGGCCAUGGGUGCGUCGAGUGCACACCGUGACCGUGGAGGGCGGACAGCACUCCACUUGGCGGCGGCAGAGAUGCUUUGCGGGCCGGAAGAGGGUGUGAAAGAGGAACAGGGGCCAGUUAGGCUUCGGUGGUGCGCCAGCACCCUGCGCGACCAGAGUGGUCAGCUACCCAACGACCUGGCACCUGCGGCCACAGUCUCAGUGGAACGGACGAGGAGCAAUGCCAAUGUGACUGUGGCCGAUUCCCGUUUUGGCCUCAGAGCCCGCGGGUUCAACCCGGAGUGGACUACGGAGACAUGGACGAACUGCUCCACUGUGGUGAGGUGCCGCUCGGGUGGCAGCGGUGUGGCUUUGAGCUGCGAGCGUGCGAGGUCGGUGCCGCUGACCUCGCCUGGCACAGGGCAAUGGUCAGAGGUGGAGCUCUACUGCAGGUGGGACAAACUCUACGCCCAGCUACCAGUGUUACUGGUGCAGGUUGCUGUAAGCCCAUCCACCGAGAAGACUGCCUGUGGUCUUCCAGUGCUGGAGCUCCACCUUGGACCGUCCAGCGUCGUGCGCCAGACCAAUGCUGUUUUGAGAGCUUUGGCCAAGAUGUAUGAGGAUUCUGACCUCAUGGGAAGCAACUUCUUCGAGUCGGGUCAAGUGGAUAGCUGGUUGGAUUGGACCUCGAUGGAGGUGGAUCAUUUGCUUCUGGAAACGGAGGAUAUCUCCAGCCUUUUGCAGGUUCUAGAGGAGCACCUCAAGAGCCGCACCUUUCUCGUGGGCCAAAGGCUCACAGUGGCUGAUAUCUCCUUAGCCUGCUCUCUGUCCGCACCCUUCCAGAAGGCGGGGCAUGAGAAGCUUCGAGAGUCCCAUCCGAACAGCUUGAGGUGGCUCCUCACGAGCCUUCAUCACAUCGACCGAGCGAUGUCUACCACACCGACACCGGCACCGUCUCCAGCGGCGAUCCCGUCCAGCGCGCAGGUUUGUUCCACCCCACUCGACUUCACCACACACCAUUCGAGCCACACACCUCCUGCCGGCACCAUGCGGGAGCGGCCCGGCUUCACGGGCGCGGCGCACCUGGAGACCGAAGGUCUGGGAGAACGGAGCUGGGCGCACCCGGGCGCGGUGAAGACUUUGGAGGAGGUGGCCAUGGCUGCCGCGGCCGCCACCACUGCGCGCAUCCGUGCGGCGGCGGCCCCCGCGACGCCGCCCACGGCGGCCGCGACGGCAGGGCUGUCCGGGUCAUGCAGGGUGCCGUGGGCUGCACCAUGCUCACCGGUGUACCCAUGCCAGUGGCCCAAUGCCUUCGGGUUUGCUCCGCCAGCGCCACCGGCCCAUGUGCACUCGCCGCGCGCGCCGGAUGCACGACGAGAGCUCACAAAGUUGCGAAUGAGAUGCCACCAGCUAGAAGGCGAUUGCAAGAGGUUGGAGGAUGAGAAUGCACAGCUCAAAGCGGCCGCGGCGGAACGCGCGGCCACGGCGGGUUCCCGCGCCUCCAGUGACGGCGCCGUCUCCGCGACGGCGGCGGAGUGGGAAGAGACCUGCCAUCAGCUGGAAGAAGACCUUGUUCACCUGAAGCGGGCACUGAAAGAAAGGGAGGAAGGAGAAAAGUCCUUAAGGCGCCUCCUGGCAGAUGCGCGGUCAUUGAACAGGAGCUUGCAGUCCGAGAACGAGACCUUGAAGCACCAGCUGAGUGAGGAGGAGUCGCGGUCGCGAAGCGGUCUGAGAAUUAUCUCGAACCUGAAAAAGCCACGUGAGGAUGAAGAUGAGGUGGAUUUGGCGGGGUCCACAGUCCACCGCCUCGUUCUUUGUCAGCGUGACAAGGACCUCAGGCGAAGCCGGCGAAGCCAGCUCAGGCGAAGCGUGGAACCGUUGAGUGCAACGAGCGAGGCGGGCGAGGGAAAAGCGCCCAAGGCUGCCAAGGCCGAGGCCGGCGAGGCCGUGGGCGAAGGCGGAGGAUCCAAGAAGGACGAAAAAAAGAAGGCCAAAGAGGCUGAAAAGAAGGCCAAGGAGGAGGAAAGAAAACGAAAAGAGGAGGAGGCGUUGGCCGCAAAGAACGCCAAGUUUGCAGGGCCUGCGUUGAGCUUUGAGAACUUUCAGGAGCAUAGCUUUGGAAACCUUUUCAUCCAAAGCCAAGGUCAAACAGGGCGGACCUGGACAAAUAUCGGUGCCUUGAAGCCGGAGAUGAAGGACUCUCAGGUCUGGAUCCGUGCCCGAGUCCACAACACUCGGAAGCAGGGCAACAAGCUUUGCUUUCUCACCUUGCGCCAGGAUGUGGCAACUGUCCAGGCCGUGACCUUUGGCCAGGACAUCGCUGGCUUCUCGGGCUCUUUGCCCGAUGAGUCGGUCGUGGAUGUCUAUGGCAAGGUCUCUUGCCCGGAUGCGCCCAUCGUCUCCUGCACUGUGCAGAACGUCGAGCUUUCGGUGGAAAAGAUCUUUUGCAUCGGACGCUCUCAGGCCUUGCCCUUGCGUUUAGCAGACGCCAGCCGGAGUGAGGCCGAGCUGGAAAAGGACCCCUCGUUGCCGACGGUCGGUCAAGACGUCCGCUUGGACAAUCGCAUCAUCGAUCUGAGAACGGUGGCGAACCAAGCGAUUUUUCGACUCCAGUCGGGCGUGUGCGAACUCUUCCGGGAGUUUUUGCUGCAGAACAAGUUCCAGGAGAUCCACACCCCGAAGCUCAUCGGCGGCGCGUCCGAAGGAGGCGCUGAUGUGUUCCGUGUGGACUAUUUUGAGGGCAGUGCCUUUCUGGCGCAGUCGCCGCAGCUGUACAAACAAAUGGCCUUGAUGACCGACAUGCCACGGGUCUUUGAAGUGGGUCCCAUCUUUCGCUCUGAGAAGUCCUUCACACACAGGCACAUGACGGAGUUCACCGGGCUGGACAUUGAGAUGACCUUCAAGGACCAUUACCAUGAGGUGCUGGAAGUGUUGGAUGGCUUGUUCAACCACAUCUUCAAAGGCCUCACCGAACGCUUCGGCCGCGAAAUCGAAGCUGUGAAGUCGCAGUAUCCCUUUGAGGAGCGGUCCACCGAGUCGAGGGACAGCCCAAGAGAUCGGCAGCUUGCCGCUUCGUUUGUGGAUCGCCUGCGCAUGCGCACUUUUCUUCGGCUUCAGUCGAUUUGCAUCAAAGAGUCUACGGCGAAGCUCAAAGUUCUUAUUGAAUUUCUUUGGGGGACACUCAUUGCACAAUCACCACGUUGCAAAACCGCCAACAGUCCAUCACUCCUGUUUCGCCACGUUUUGCAGCUGCCCAGCUGCCUUCUCACUCGCCAUGAGUGGUCCCCCAGCGCCACCGCCCACACCAGUGGCUCCGGUGGCGCCGGCGGCGUUGCUCCAACUGCCACCACUGCGGUGCACGUGGAAAGCGCAGCCGCUGUCCGGGCAGCCCAGUGGAUGGAGAGUGAUGGGGAGCUUCCUGUAUCGGGCUCGUCGAGUCCUUCGGAGCCCAGCAGCUCUAUGGACUCGGACAUGCCCAUCUCUUGGAUCUCGGACCACACCGAGCUGGGCCCUCGCGAUCCCGCGCGCUCCGUCUAUCGUGUGGAGCCGCGCAGCUCGCGGAUCUCCCGCACCACCGUGGAAAGCUGGGACAGUCCGAAGUCGUUGAAUCACCUGCGAACCUUCCCAGGCACAGCGAUGGUCAUUGAGGGCUCUCCGUCCUCCUGGGGUUCCGACGGAGACGAGGGCGACAGCUUCGAGGCCUCGGUGGAGGGUGUGACCGCGAUGACGCAGGCGUCGGUGGAGGGUGUGACGUGCCAACAUCCUCCAAAGCGACCGGUGAAGGCCUGGCCGGAGGGCGUGACCAAGCCAUGGCCACCGCGGCGGCCGGUGCUCCAGGCUGCUCUCCGUCAAGCCCUGCGAUGGGCGCAGGGUGACGGCGUCUUUCGACGCUGA